UUGGAAUUGAAAUCGGAUGUGGAUAUACCUGUUUGGUUUUCUGUGAUUGGUUUUGUUGGCAUGUUCUAAAUGAUACUUAGGAAGCCAGGAAUUGAUUAGUUCAAGGGAGUAUGAAGAAAGUGUCUUACACUGACCUUGAUGGCUUAGAAGUCAGUGAAACGUUUAAAUGUAAGAAGGAGACCCCAGGUCAGGAGCUGUUUGAUCAAGUGUGUAACAAACUCAACCUAGUGGAGAAGGACUACUUUGGCCUCAGAUAUGUGGAAGACAAGCAAAGGUAUUGGUUAGAUCCUUUGAAGUCGGUGUAUAAACAGCUGAAAGGAGUUAACCCAUGCGUUUUGUGUUUUCGAGUGAAGUUUUAUCCUUCCGACCCAAUGAAGUUACAUGAAGAAAUAACAAGGUACUAUUUGUUCUUACAAUUGAGGCGGGACCUCCAUCAUGGCCGACUGCUGUGCUCACAGGCUGAUGCUCUUGUUUUGGCAGCCUAUAUCAUUCAGUCUGAAGUUGGAGAUUAUCACCCUGAGGACCAUCCCCAAGGAUAUGUGUCCGAGUUCAAGAUGCUCCCCAAACAGAAUGCCAAAAUGGAGGCAGAAAUCAUGGAGAUUCACAAAAGCUUAACAGGGCAGGUACCAGCGGAAGCAGAGGCUAAUUUCUUGAAGAAAGCUGCCACUUUGGAUACAUACGGAGUAGACCCUCACCAAGUCAAGGACCAGAAGGGUGUUUCAUUAUACCUCGGAGUUACUCAUCAAGGAAUUAUGACUUUCCAUGGAAGUCGCCGUACUCAGCUGUACAAGUGGAUCCAAGUCAAGAAGAUGCCUACAUAUGAAGGGAAGACUUUUAUUCUUCAUGUCAAUAUGGCAGAGGAUGACGGUCAAGCAAAUAAUAGAAAGCGUAACUUCUCAUAUAUUUGUACCGGACCCAUAGAAAAGCAGAAGCCGAUCGGCUACAAAUGUGACACACUGGCUGCCUGUAAAUAUCUGUGGAAAUGUGCUGUCGAGCAACAGCUGUUCUUCACAUUAAAAGAAUCUGUUCAUCCCCCUAAGCUUAGAUCAGGCCACAGUCUCUUCUCCAGGGGCUCCAAAUUUCGAUUCAGUGGAAGAUGUCAGCAGGAGGCUGUUGCUGCGAGUGAGGAUAUCAAGCGGAACGAACCAAACUUUAACAGGUCCUCUUCUUUGCCAAAUUAUGGUCGAAAACCUGACAGCAAAACCUCUCCCAACAAACACAAGUCUCUGGUAUUGGAUAUUCCAAUCAAGGAAGAUAAAAGAAAAUACAGGGUAAACAAGGGGGUAUACAAGGAAUCUGCUGUGGAUGUACCCAAAAGAGAACCAGCUAAGAAGAUAGAGGUUGUUCAACCAGCUACAACCAUUGCACAGGUCACUGCACCAGUUGCCACACCAGAAGAUUCUGUUGUAUCAGAAAUAGUGGAGCCAGAAAAAACCACUUCUACUGAAACAGAACCACCAAAACAAAAUGGCAGUAUACCUACUGUGGUUCUUAAUUCAGGAAAUGAUGAGAUUCCUCCAUAUGAGCCAAACUUUACAGUGAUUGAGGACCCCUUGCCUGUCAAAGAGGACAGUGUUCAAAGGGCCCAGCCAGACAGUGAUGAUGAUGAAGAUGAGGUUGAGGAAAAUGAGGCCAAGAAAACUAGUUUGGAGGACCAGAUUAAGGAUUUGGAGGAGGAGAUUGAGAGGAAAAGUAGCUUUUCUGGUUCCUAUCAGCCUGAGGAAAAUGUUCAAGAAGAAACAGUCAUCAAAGAAACCGUGGUGCCCAAAGCUAGCAACAACGUCCAGUCAACACCAAACUCAGAAAACCACGUGGGUAAUUCCACAAAGAGCGUGACAGAGGAGCCCCAGAGUGGGGGAGGGGGCUGCUGUAGGGUAUUCCUCUUGACCUUCUUCUUUAUAUUUCUCACCUUAACGGUUACAGCCAUUGCUCUCUUGAAUUCGAGCUUAGACCAUCCAUUGUUGACUCAGCUAAGACAGCAUGUUCAGUUUUUAAAUCCAGCAAGAGAUUACAUCAUGCACAGAAUGAACUCAUUCAUGUCUUAGAAUUAGAGGUAAAGGGAGGGUUUUACAGAUUUUGUUUUUAUAUAGACCACUUUGUUGCUCAUACAUGUAGCUUGUGGGAACUGUCCUGGCUAAGAAUUCUCUUUUUGGUAGUGGUGUUUUGUCUUGAAGACAAGAGAGGCUACAUAUCUUUAUAUACAUAAAUGAUACAAAUAUAGGUUUAUAAACUUGCAUGCAAUUGAAUAAGGAUUCUCUAGCUGUGUAAUUUGUUAUUUAACAUGCUUUGUUGCUCCAUUUAUUCAUCUUGGAAAAACAGGAGUUUUUAAUUUUUGUUGCAUUUUAUGUUCAUGUUUACAAUCAUAUGUGUUAACUCUGAUAUGUAACAGUGGAUUAGGAGUUAAUGUUGUGGAGAUGACCUUGAACUUAAUCAGGGAGUUGUGAAAAUGACCUUGACCUGAUAUUUUAGGAGAUUAUGUUGUUUGAUUAUCUAGUAGAAUGGCAUUUUUAUGCAGUGAAGUUUCAAAGUGUUUCCAUGAUUGAUAAAGGUUUUCUGUGUGGCAGCUAUUUUCUAUGACAGAGUUUUUAUUGCAUAUUCUUUACCAAAUGAAGAUGUAUUUUGUUGACUUUUGUUUCAUAAAUUUCUCUGCUUUUCAAUAUCUGCAUUUAUCUACGGUCUCAGAUUCUGAAAAGUCUCUAUCUUUAGGUCUCAUUGUUUUUGCCAGUCGUUGAAUUAAUUUUUCUUAAUUUCAACAAUCUAAUUACUUAAUGCAAUGUUGAAGUGUUGAAGAAAUGUUAAAAUGAAUGAAGUGAUCUCACAAUGUUAACUAGAGCAUCUCUCACUCACCAAAACAUAACUGGUUAUAUAGUUUUGAGGUUGUAUAAUAAUCAGAUAUUUUGGACAGUCUGAAAACUAGGAAAACAAUGAUAGUGAUUUUAAGUGCAUGUCUAUCACCUGAACCAUUUUAUCUUAGUUGCCAAAAGAUUCAACAUAUCACAAAGUUUUGGGGCAGUAUUUUUCUUUUUUUUCCAGUUUAAAAAAGAAUGUUUUUUUGUGUUUGCAUGUCUUUCUAAUUGGAAUGUAUGCAUUUUUGCAGUCCGUAUAGCCAUGCAGAAAAUAUGACUUUAACAAGGGUUGUCCUUUUGUCUCUGUUGUUAUGUCCGUAAUCCACUGUUACUUUGGUGAUUCAUAGCGCAAGAUAUUUGUGUAACUUUUGCUCUUUUUCAUUCAUGUACUUCAAAGUAAUAUAUUAAUGUUUUAGAAAUUUAUAUUUUAUUGUAAUUUUAUUUUUGUUACAAACUUCUCUUUUAUUUUGCGAGCUGGACCAAUAUGUUUUUUAUAAACUCGUAACAUAAUAUAUAUUUCAUUUGUAUAUCUACUGUAUUAUAUAAUUUUGUACUAGUCUCAUGAUGCUGCAGUAGUUAGCAUGCACAUGCUUGCUAUUUGCUUCAUUUUUAUCAUAACAUACGUUGGUAUUCUUUAUAAAUUGUAGCAUGAAAGGUUUUUUUUUUCCUAUUUGUUGUAUUUUUUCCAAUGUUUGAGUUUUUAAACUACAGAUAUAUAUUUACACAUAAUUUGUGAUCUAAGUUUUAGAGCAGAGAGCUGUUCUUUUAUCAAUGAAGAAUGAAAAAUGUUUUGUGUAAAGCAGUAGGUUUUAAAAUUAGCACUAUAUGUGCACAUUAAUUGACUGUAAGAAACAAGGUUUGUUAGCCAAAUUCCAAAAGAUUGGAAGACAUUUUUACAAAAUAUUGGUCUGCUUUAUUCAUUUCAUUCUGUAAUUGUGAUAAGAUGCCUUUGUAUUUCAGUUUUGUGCAAUAUUUUUAAGUCCAACUGACUAAUUUUUCACAACAAUUAGUAGUUUCUUAGAAUGCAUGUGUCUCAUUUUGCUCUUAAGGCAUAACGGAAAGUCUCCAAUUUUUUCAUUUCAGUCAUUUUCACAUCACAAACUAAUUAAACUGGGGGUUGUGGAAUUGAUUUUAUUCCCUUGGAAGCUUAUUAAAAAAAAAAAAUUCAACGUGGGUUUAUGUACAAAAUGUAUUGUCGGCUAGAUCUGCAUACUGCUUUUAGGACAAUUCGUAUUUUUUCUGCAAUAUACAUACAAGCCGGAUGAAUUUUCAUUUCGUUUUCGUAGUGACCUUUCGUUUGCUGUUGCUAUUCCUCACAGCAAAAAAUAUUUGCUUUAUAUGUUGUCACUUUCUGUUGAGAUAUCAUGUCUGAUAUAUUUAUGAUUCUUUCUGUGAAGAUAUAAUUUUCAGUUCACAUAAUUACUAUUUUCUGUUGUUUUUUCAAAGGGUUGGGGUUGCAGAAAUUAUAUUGAAAUUAUAAACAAAACUGACUAAGUGAGGAAUACAAAGAUACAGCUUAAAUUGAGGAGUUAGAUGGAUGUUUUGAUUUCAUUAGUAAAUGAAACUAAUUGUCGGUUUUACAUAGAAAGUAUUAAGAAAAGGUUUUUCAAGGCCUUAUACUUGACAUUGAGAUGGGAGAAGUCUAUGGUUUCGAUGUAUUUUGCAGAAACUAAGCAUAAAAUUGGAGAUGACUUGGCUUAACCAUUUUGAGUUAACAGCAAGGGCAUUAUGAAUAUAAUACUUUUAUUUUUACAUGCUUUAUGAAAUUAUUUUUAAAAAAAAAACUGGAUCAAAAAGUGGCAUAAUUUGGACACAAGGGUCUUCAUAUUGCUAACUUUAAGUAAAAUGCUAGUAAUAUUCAAUUAUUUUUCAUCAUGAACAAUUGUAUUGUGUACUCAUGUUUAUAUAGACAAUGAUUUUUCAGUAUUGGUUGUGGACAAGAUGUAUUGGUUUUGUUUUAAGCAGAGCAGCCUCAUAUGUAAAUUUGUUGCCGGAACUGAACAUUGCAUUGUGUUUAUACAUAUUAUUUGUUAAUGUUUGUACAGUUGAAAGUAGGUUUAGUUCAAAACUCCAUACUCACUUUGUUUAGCAAACACUCAGCAUGUUAUUUUUUAGCUUGUUUUCCAAUCAUCUAAAUGUUAUUUUCACAAGUCAACUUGUCCUACAGCCUCGGGUGGACUCUGACCACUAACAUCCGAGAAGGCUUGAUUUUUUCCGGAAUCAAGAUAUAUGAUUUAAAAAGCCAGUUAUUUUAUUAAUAGAUAAGGAAAAAUCAACCUGAAUGUAUGUAUACUUUUACUUUAAGUACAGCUAUGUCUAAUAGAAUUUUCAAAAACAAUAUGUUUUACAAUUUUAUCUGUUUCUUCAAACCAUAUGGGUAUUUUUUUUUCCAACGUAAUCUAUUAAACAUGUAAAAAUUUAUUCAUUAUUUUAAAAAAUUAUAUAAAUCAAAUAUGCAUAUAACUUAAUAUAGAUUAUGUUAUAAGGAAUCUAUUUGUAUUCAUUAGUAAAUGAUUUUGCUUAAAACAAGGAAAAAUCCAACCUUAAAUGCUGUCUUUUGAAUGUAAUUUGCCUGCACUGUAGGUGUUUAUUUUUAUCACUCAAUGAGUUUUAAGACUUUUUGUGUCAUUAAGUUGUUUAGGAUGCAACUAGUAGAGUCCUAAACUAAGCAAUAUUUGAACAGUUUUGGAUCCAAGGUUCCUUAGUUUUUUUUGUGUUUUGAAGUAAAUGACUGGUACAGAAUUAAUUUGAAAUAAAUACACUUCAAAUGAU